UAAACAAAAAUUAAACGAAAAAGUCAGUGGAAAUAUUUCAAUUUGAUUACUGAAAUAUUUGAGUUUAAUUCAAAAAAUGUAUUUUUAAUACAAGUUUUUGAGGAAAACAUGUGAUUAAAACGUGAAACGAUCGGCUUACUUAGAAUUUAUCUUUGAAUUCAAAAAAUGGCCACACUUGAGAGAGAUAAAAAUUCAAACAAAAAGUGCAAGUUAUAAAGUCUGUACGUAAACUUUAAAACUUUGGUAAAGCAAACACUCGAUUUCGUGAAUGUGUUUCGAAUGUUGAUAAACCGUUUGUUAUCUGUGGUGCGAUAGAGAUAGAGAAAUAACAAAUUCACGCAACUGUAUUUGAGCCGAUUCCGCCACUCCAAAAAUUUCGUUGUCAAAAAUGUCAUUUAGCCGCUCAAGCACUAGUCUCUCAACUUUUUUGAAUCAAGUUUGCUUAAAUCGUGUCAAUGAUUUAUAUUUCGGACAUACGAAAAUGUAAUGUUUAAUUAAGAAAUAUUCAGAAAACGUCGAGUAAAAAUAACUGUGCACUGUAUUUAAGGCUGUACACCAUGUUUAAAAGUUUUAAAAAUAACAUUCAAAAUUGCAAGCAAAAUUGAGUAGGUCCGCUCAAGAUAUGGAUAUGGUUCGAACGUUUUGUUGUUGUGACACAAAAAACACAAGAUUUUGGAAGGCGGCCGGAAUCGCAAUUGGUUGGAUAUCACUGUUGGCAAGCACAUGGCUUAUUUAUGAAGUACUACUUGAACCAGCAUCUCAAUCAACAAUCGUUUCGAUCAUCUACAUCAUUCUUGUGAUUUUUUUGAAUGUAAACCAACACAUUUGCAAAUAUGUGACGAUUUUUUUGUGUGUUAUCAAUUGGUUGACGUGCGCAAUGUGGCUAUGUGGAAUAACUAGAAAUGUUAAGGAGUGUCUAUUAUGGUGUCUAUUAUGGUGGGGUGUGGAGGUGGGCUUUUUUCUCGUUUCAUUUUGCAUAAUUAUACUUUUCUUUGGCCUUUACGAAACACUAUUCACAUUUUCAACAUGGGAAUGGGAGCAUAUUUGUUUGACCAUUUCAACAGUUCUUUUUGUUUCAUUUUACAUCAUCGCUCUUAUAUGCUUUAAAUCAAUUAAGAAUGCAACGGAGUACAAUUCAAUUGGUAGCUCUCUAAUGAUGACCGCUUCGUACACACCGACAUCCGAAGAACCUGAGGAUGACAACGAAAGCCAAGAUGAAGAGAUAAAAGACGUUUAGACUUUUUUGUCUCGCAAUGCAGAUUGAAAUGGUCCAAUACUUAAACUCGUUUUAGAAGUUUUUUUCAACAUGUACAAAUAAUUUUGCCAUUAAAUUACUUGAAACUGAUAUGAAUUUAUAUUUAUUAUGAGUAUUACGCAUUCCAUUGUCAAACUAUUCAAAUUAUACGCUUAUAUUCGACAUGUCUGACAUAAAGAGAUUAUAUUUUAAGAUAAAAUUACAAUAAUAUUCUAGCAAGAGCCUUUGACCUUUGAAUAAUUUUAAACUAUUAUGAAUGUUUACAGAAAAAAUCAUUGUUAUCCAUAAAUAAAACGCCGUUGGCUUAUCGUUAAAAAUGACCACGUAUCUCGUAUGGUGAACUCUAUCUCGGUGAAUGCGGGUGAAUGAAUCAUAAUUUCAAAAACAAUGUGUUCCAAUCAUGUAGCAUGAUCCGUUUAAGUUCGAUCAAACCAUGACUAGUUUCGUCCGUUGUCCAUUUGGUAGCGAGAAAAAUGUCUUCACUAACA